AUGCGCACUCUGACCAACGUGUUUUUCCUGAACCUGACGAUUGGAGAUUUCAUGGUUACCUGUAUUUGUAUACCUGUCACCUUGGGUAGCUCUGUCUACAGUGACUGGAUAUUUGGAGAAGUCCUCUGCAAAGUGACGCCCUUUCUUCAGAGUACAGCAGUGGCCGUCAGCGUCUUCUCCAUGCUAUCCAUAUCCAUCAACCGCUACUUCGCCAUCCACAUCCCCCUUCGCGCCAAAAUUCUAUUUUCCAAGUCAAGAGUCCACGUCAUGCUGGCAUCCAUUUGGAUAUUAAGCUUCGGAACUUCCAGUCCCCUGCUGUUGGUUAAAACCGUGACCUCGUUUGGUGUUCCGGAAGUGUACAUCGCCAGGUCAUGCAUGGAGAAUUGGGGCAGCGAGUUAUUGAGGCAUGUCUACAGCGUCGUUAUUUUCCUCAUGCUGUUUUUGUUCCCUCUCAUUGUUAUAUCAAUUCUAUAUUUGAAGAUAUCAGUGGCCCUGUGGUCGAAAAACGCAGACCUUUACGAUAACAACCGAAAACCGACAUUCAUGUCCCCACAAGUUGAUCGGCUGUUGCUGCAAAGACGCAAAACCGUGCGAACAUUGGUUCUGCUUGUCUUUCUGUUUGCUUGCUCUUGGCUGCCAUAUUACGUUGUCAAUGCCUGGUUGGACUUCAAUGUUAGGGGUGACCAUGUUGGUCUGGUAGGGCUGUCCAACUCCAGUGUAAACCCUAUUCUGUACUGCUUUCUGAGUAAAGGGUUCAGAAGAGCGUUCAAGAACAUGUGCUGCCGGCGGACAGCCCGUACAAGGAACAGUAUUGUCAUGACAGUUAGGUACCGGUGUAGCGAGGAUAGUGGGGUUGGCAGUGUGGAAACGGUGUUGGUCUAA